AUGUUCAACCUUGGAGCAGUAUUUGCUCACAAACCGUCUGAUCCUCGACUUGCGUCUGAACCUCGGUCUUGCUUUCAAAUUCCGGAAGUUGUCGUUUUAAAAUAUGAUAGUAAUUUCGUCCUCGGCAAUGCACAAGUACCGUCAUAUCCCAUCGUGUACUGCUCAGAUGGCUUCUGCGAGCUGACGGGCUGGGCGCGUGCCCAUAUUAUGCAGAAGGGCUGCGCAUGCAAAUUCCUCCACGGCCCUGAUACGCACGAAGACCACCGCCGGGAUAUUGACGCUGCCCUCGACUCCAAACAUGAACUCAAACUCGAACUUAUAUUCUACAAGAAAAUUGGUAAGUAG